GCAGCCUGCAAGCAUUAACACUGUACACCUGCAGGCUGCUAACAUGGCUUUCUUCAAGCAGAUGCUCGGUCUUCUUGUCUUCCUUGUAGUCUUUGACCGCUCCUGGGCUGAAGAGAAGGAACUGUCUGUCUCUGAGCUUCUGUGGAAGGCAAACAAGGAUGUUGUGCACAGAGAGGACGAGCCCCUUGUCGUGGAUGACAUCGCUUAUGACAAUGAAAAUGAGAGAAACGCUGAUCCCUGCACCUCCCGCGGCUGCAUGUGGGGCAAAUCCAAUGAUGGAAAGGUCUAUGUGCCGUAUGUCAUCGCUGGACAUUACUCUUCUCGUGAGCGUUCUAUCAUCGAGCGCGGUCUGCUGUCCUUCAAUGACGUCACUUGCAUCCGUUUCGUCAAACGCACCAACCAGAGAGAUUACCUGAACAUCCAGUCUGACAAUGGGUGUUACUCCUAUGUCGGCCGCCGUGGUUAUUCCCAGACAUUGUCUCUGGACCGUCAGGGCUGCCUCUACCACAGCACCGUCCAGCACGAGCUGCUCCACGCCCUGGGCUUCAACCACGAACAGUGCCGCUCUGACAGGGACCAGUACAUCAAGAUCCUUUGGCAUAACAUCCAGUCCGGUUGGGAAUACGCCUUCGACAAGAUCAACACUCUGAACCAGGGAACACCCUACGAUUACAACUCUGUCAUGCAGUACCACAGGUAUGCCUUCUCUGGGAACAAUCGGCCCACUAUGGAGCCCAUCCCCAACGCCAAUGUUGAAUUCGGCACAGCUAAGCAGAUGAGCAAGAAUGACAUCGCCAGAGUGAACACUCUGUACAAAUGUUAAACAGUGAUGAAAGCAACAUGACAAGCAACAUGCUUAACUAACUCCCACAGUGUUUUCUCACUCUUUAAUACAAUCAAAGACAAUGUAUUGACAAUAAACCUUCAAACAUUAA